AUGUGCUCCGACUCGCAAGGACGACGGAGGCCGCGAUUCUCCGGAAGCGGGGCCGCCGUGGCGUGCGCCCUGUUCGGUGCCCUGCUGUCGUCGUUGUCGCUGGCGACGGCGGCACACUGGGACCACGCCAUCUUCCUCGACGAGGACUAUCGGUUGCUGUGGAGCAUUACGGGGCAGGACAUCACGUUCGAGGUGCAGGCCCGCACCCACGGCUACAUCGGGCUCGGCUUCUCGAAGGACGGCACCAUCUACGGGGCGGACAUCGUCAUCGGCUGGGUCGACCAAGGCCACGUCCACUUUCAGGACCGGCACGUGAAGAAGCAUGGCGACGGCCAGCCACUGGUGGACUCCUCGCAGGACUACGUGUUGCUGUUGGGCUACGAAAACCAGACGCACACGGUGCUGCGCUUCAAGCGCAAGCUGGACACUUGCGACGUGGCGUACGACGUACCCAUCACGAACGAUACGAUGCGCGUCAUCUACAUGUACCACGAUAAGGAACCGCACGGAGCGUUCUACACCCCGGGCAGCCUGCCCGAUCCGGCCGAGGCGUUCAAGCAGGCCCGGUCCCUCUUCCUGACGCAGCGCAUCAACCAGGCCCCGCUCAAGCCGGACGCGCGCCUCAAGACGCUCGAGCUACUCAAUCAGGACGUCAGUCUGCCGCAGGGCGACGGCACCUUGCACUGGUGCAAAAUGUUCAAGCUGAACGAUAUCAAUCGCAAACAUCAUCUGAUUAGGUACGAACCGGUGUUCGAUUCGUCCUCGAGCUCAUCGUACGUCUAUCACAUGAUUCUGCACGAGUGUCAAGGGUCCUCGCCGGAGCUGGAAAUUAUGUCACGCGAAAACGGCUGCCCGUGCUACAAGGCGGACCGGUCGAUACUCACCUGCAACUCGAUAGUGGCCGCCUGGACCCGCGGCUCGGAGGGCUUUUCGUUUCCGAGCCAGGUCGGCUAUCCGCUCGAGUCGAACCAGGCCCGGUUCUACCUGAUGGAGACGCACUACAGCCAGAGCGUGAGCGAGUACGCGUGGCCAUUCCAGCCCAAACCGAAGGCGAUGGUGGACAACUCGGGCCUCCGGCUGUUCUACACCAGCACGCUGCGGGGUCACGAUGCCGGUGUCCUGUCGGUCGGCAUGGACCCGAACUGGCGGCACAUCAUUCCGCCCGGCCAGGAGCACGUCGUGUCGGAGGGCCACUGCGUCGGCGAGUGCACCCAGCGGGCAUUCCCUCGCGACGGCAUCCACAUCUUCGGCGUCAUGAUGCGGACACACCAGAUCGGCCGACAGAUCAAGCUACGGCAGAUCCGGGGCCGCGAGGAGCUGCUACCGAUCGCGCACGACCGCAACACGGACUGGAACUACCAGGAGUACCGGCGGCUGACGAGCGCUCCGGUGCGCGUCCUGCCCGGCGACCGGCUCAUUGCCGAGUGCAUCUACGACAGCUCGGGCCGGGCCGCCAUCACGCUCGGGGGGCUGACGACGCGCGAGGAGACGUGCCUGGUGCUGGCGCUGUACUACCCGCGCCAGAAGGAGCUCACCACCUGCCACUCGCUGCCGAGCCUGCCGACCGUCAUCAAUUCGCUCGGCAUCAACGAGCUGGUGCCUGGUUCGAAUCCGGUCCGGAUUGCGUCACCCCCGGAACUGUCGGGGAUGACACUCGAGACGCGGCUCAUCUCGUACGACUGGCGGAAUAACUUCCGCAGCUUCCAGUACGUCACGAGGCGAGGCUCCUUCAAGCCGCUCUGCUGGAGCGCCCGGAACCAGCCGAUGCCGGGUACGGAAAACCUGGAAGGCUUUGCGCCCAACAUCACCAAGUCGUACAAGGUCAUCCGGUCCUGCAGCUUCAUCGGCAGCACGAACGUGGCCAGCAACGUGUUCUACCAGAACGCCCGGAACCGCUACGUGACGGAUGCGAGUGCGGACGGGGCGCCACCGCCACCACCGCCCUCGUUGGGUGGUGGCCAGGACCAGCAAGACCAGGACGACGAGGACGAUGACGUGGACAGCAACAACGUGAUAGAGGGUGCCGCGCGCAGCAAAGUGUACCGCAGUUCGGUCACGGAGUCGAUGGGUCUAAGCGGGGCCCCCACAUCCUGCCGGCCCGGGGUUGCGGUUGCGUUUCUGUUGUUCCUCAUCUUUCUGAACUCCUUCCGGAUAGCGACGACGGCGACGUAG